AUGAUCGAAAGACUGGAAGCGGAGGAGAGCGUCCCCUUCUAUGAACACGUACUGCUGGACCACCUACUGGAUGGCUUUCCCGAGUCGGGUCCCAUCCGAAAGUUCAUGGAGUUAGUGAUAAUGGGUUUGUCGUCCAACCCGUACAUCACUGUCGAGCGAAAACACGCGACCGUUCAGUACUAUAAGCAGUACUUCGAGGAAAGGCAUGAGUUAUUAGAAACGGCUGGAGUUUUGGCCAAUUCUUAA